AGGAAUCCCAUUGGGUCUCACUGGGUGAACAGCGUCACAUGCGAUGUUAUUCUACCCAGAUUUUGUUGAUCAUUAACCUCAUUCCUGACUGUCAUGUAAUUCCGUAACUAGAGCAUUAUUAUAGAGAGUAUUAUUUACAGCGGCGUAUGGGGCGAAAUAGCUGUUAAAUCUGCCAUUGGUUUCCGGAAAAAUCAGCAGUUGAACCAUUUUGCAUAGUAUGUUUACAGUGGGCAAGAUGUCCCUUAUCGCAAUGGCUCUUCCGGUGAUCACGGUCCUUCUCUCCGCCUGGCAGGUGGGUGCCAUUGAUGACUGCUUGUGGUACGUGGAUAAGAAUGGCACUUGGCACAACGGGGUCCCCUGUCCCCUCAUGACCUUCUGUUGUGGGAACUGCCACAAGCGCUACUGUUGCUUGGACAGCCUCAAGAGGAUCACUGAGAGGGAGCAGAAGCGCUGCAUGCUCUUCCAGUUCAGCCCUACCACCAUCGCCAGCAUGGCUUCGUCCAUCCUGCUCUUCGUGGCUAUCAUUGCUACCAUGGUGAGCUGCUUCAUGUGCUCCUGCUGUUACCUCUACCAGCAGCGACAGCAGCGUGGCAGGACGCACUAUGAUGCCCAGCACAUCCCUAUGGCCACCUACCCCGUGGAGCCCAUGUAUGACGCUUACGGCAAGCCGCUGGUGAUGGGACAUCCUGAUUAUCCACACUCUGGUUACCCAAUGGCACCUCAGUAUCCUGGCAUGCCACAGCCAUACCCCAUGAUGCACCCCGGCCCGUAUCCCCCGUACCCCAUGGCAGACUCUGGCUACCCUCAGGGAGCACCCCCUCCUUACUCCCCACCCCAGUACACCCCCCACCCCAGUCACUGAUGGGAUGAUAACAUGUACAUGGUGGGAGAAGAGAAAGACAAAGAAAGGACUGCGUCAGAAAGAGAAGGCGACCACGAGACAACUCAGCUCUCCUAGUGGUUGUCCAGUGAAAGAUAACCAGAGGCACUUUCCUUUAUUUACUACAUCCUUCAAUGGAACAGAGCAUGUGUUGAGUUGGGUUUUCCUGUCAGUCCUGACACUGAACUUGAUUCCUACUGACAGUCUGGAAAAUGUCACACCAAGUGAGGUAACCAUCCUGCAUCCAUGCACUCACUCUCACAUCCAUCCAUCACAAUUAGGGUAACCCAUUCUAUAAAGUCACACACUACCAUUUGUUUGACAUUAAUUCUCUGUUAAAGACGUUUGACUUGAGCAAUGGUCAACAUCUAUUUUCACAUGUUGGCUUGGCUUUAAUCUGGUAGUGGACAGACAGAGGUCAUACCUGCCUGCAGAUAACACUGUGUGUGGGAGCUGAUGGUAGAUCCAUAUGUUGUAUAAAAGUCAGAAUGCUCAGAGUUGAUUGCUCCUCUCGCUCUAUCGGAUCCCUUUAGCCAGCUCUUACUGCAGGUUCAUAUUCUGUGGAGAUUUCUUUUCCCUCUCACGCUUAGCUUGUCUUUCCAAAUAGAAUAUCAUUAACUGUAUUCAUAUUAGAGAGUCAGUUAUACAGGUUCUGCCACGUCCCAAUGUGUCAUCGUAAUCAGUUGUCAGAAAGUUUAUUUAUUAGUGGCAGCUGUGUAAAUGUUUUUCCUGUAAUAUAUCAGGUCAAUGUAUAUUUAGUAACUUCAAUAACAAAUCUGAGCCUUAUGUUAUCGUGAAUUCAAGAUAAGCAAUUUCAAUACGUAUUUUGUCAAAUAUAUUUUAUGUUUGAAGGUUUACAUAUUAACAAAUAAUUAUCUUUUUAACAUACUAUCGCAACUUUUUAAAACAUUGUACCAUUAAAUGGUUUGAGCAUUUUGUUUUACAGGUUAUAUUUCUGGUUAUUACAUUUCCCUCUGAGCCAUCGUUGUGCCCCUUGUUAGAGCUGCACAGUUGGACAUCACACAUGACGUGUAGGGAAUGUGUUGUACAGUUUACUAUUACCAGCCAGUGAAUGGCUCAUCCAGGUCAAAUGUGUUGGAUAAGGUGACAUUCUAUUUUACCAUCACUGAGAUUCUUGAUACAUUUUUCCAUUGAAAACACGAGUUGUUUGAAAGCACACUGAGAAUCUUGGCAUGAAAAAGGUGGAACAAUUAUGCAAAAUAUCUAGUGAUUCUCCCUAUUCAGCUACUGUUUAUGUGUCAAUGUAUAACAAUGACAUACUAUUAUUUAUAAACACUAUUGUAACUAUGACACAAUUUGAAUUACUUGAUUACUUUGUUAUUUAUUGUCAACAUGUAAAGUAAUAUGCACAGCACAGCACAGCACAGUACAUACUUGUCUUUGUGCUGGGUUUGCUGAUGGGUUUGCUUAAUGAAUGCACUUAUUUUAUUGUGUACAUUUAACAUUUUUACCAGCGUGUAAAUCAAAUCUGUUACUAGUAGAACAGUUACCAGAUAUUACUUGUUGGUGGUUUAAUGGAUGUUGCUGUUUUUUUUUCUAAUAACAUAAAUUAUAACUUUAGAAUGUAAAAUGCUGUAAUAGCUGUCUUUAAUUGCAUUUCAAAUAGCCAUAGUUAAAAAAUAACAUUUUUGAUUUUGCCUUGGAAUCAAUGAUAUCAUUACCUUGAUUGUGUGAAACUUGAGUUUAUUAGGUUUUGUUGAUGAUGCACUCAAGGUGGUUUCUGAAUCUGGUUGGAAGGCAGAAAAGUAAGUAUGUUAAGCAGGGGUAUUUUUAGAAUAUAAAUCUUGGUAGGGCAAAUACUUCUAUUUUUAUUUUAUUUUAUUUUUUACAAAUUAUCAUGCCAGCAAAGCCACAACGCUCAACAAUACAUUAAUUGCACUAUAACGGUGACCACAAACUGUUAGGGCCUACAUAAAAAAAAAAAACUAUAUAUAUAUAUAUAUAUAUAUAUAUAUAUAUCUAUAUCCUUUUUAUUUAACUAAGCAAGUCAGUUACGAACAAAUUCUUAAUUACAAUGACGGCAGUGAAACGCUGGCAGUGAAACGCUUCAUUCAGCCUCAUUUACUGCGUUUAAAAAAAAACAUGGCUGACUUGCUUAAACAAAUGUGGCCUGACAAUUGAGAUGUACAAACUAUGACAUAAGGAGAUGACGAUGGAUAAGAGGCAAUGCGUCAUUUUGACAUUAAUGAGCGAGGACGAACGUAUUCAAUAUAACUAUUUGUUCAGCACUUUUGAAAUGUACAGCGACAGAAUUCAGAACAUGGGCCGUUCUUACAGUGUUCUCCCUGUACACCAAGUCAGAACCGCAGGAUAAAUAAAGGGGGCAUAUAAGCAGGCAAUGAAAGCUCAUAAAAUAAAAUAUAUGAGUACAUUUCUCUAAAACAGACUAUAGGCUACAUGUGCACCACCAAGUCAGAUCAGUAGGCGAAAUUAAGAGGGGGGGAAAGGGACCAAAUUAUUAGGGUGAGGCACAUGGGCUACUAACAUCUUACUACACAACAUAAACUUAAGUAUACUGUAGCUAAGAAAGUAAUACUAUUUCCUUGACAUAUUACAUAAUUUGGCAUAUUACAUCAUCAGCAGCAUAAAAUACAUUUUUGGACUCACCUUGUGCUGUGCUCACUUGAACAGGAAAGUAGCGCGGCGGUCCUUCGUGGGCAAAUUUUGUCAUCAAAGUCUGGCAUUCUCUGGAUUUAUGGUGCUUUCAAGACAACUGGUAACUUGGGAAAAAAUUGAGGUCAAAUCAUGAUGAAUUCAGUGAUCUUCAGGUCGGAGCUCUAGAAAGAGAUCUCAGUUCCCGACUUACAAUUCCUAGUUGGAUGACUGCUCAAAACAUAUUUUCCCAGUCGGAUCUCGUUUUUUCCCCAGAGUUCCCAGUUGUCUGGAAGUCAGAAUUCCGAGUUUCCAGUUGUUUAGAAAGAACGCGGCAGAAGUCAUGCUGGAUUGACAGCAUGGCCAAUGUUGAAUGUUUAUCCUUUUAAGCUUGGAAAAGAGACCCUUAGACCACAUACCCACUCCACUUAAUAGCAGGCUAGGGAUUGCUUUGCAAUGCUUGCAGUUAGCCACUGAUUCCUUCCAAACUCAUUGUUGAAUUUGUGAUUUCCAACUUGUUGUGUAAUGUUAAUGGCCGAUGAGCACCAAUAUGUUUUAUGUAUAUUUUCUGUUAGUUAUUUCUCUUCAUAUGACAACGAUUAAAAAUGAUUUGCCAGUA